AAUGCUCCGGUGGUAGAGGCCGAUAGGAAAUGCACCGCCUCCUCCUCCUCGCCCUCACGGCCUGCGCCACCCAAACAUGCGACGAAACGAAACCCAUGCUCUGGCUCCACAUCCACAACGCCGGCGGCACCUCGAUCCGCACGCUCGCGGAGACCUACGGCGAGCGCCCCCUCGAGCCCGCGACGAAGAACUGGAACCUCUGGCUGCACGCAAAGGAAACCUGGAGGACCAUCUCCUGUCGCGAGAAGGUCGAUCUGUUCAAGCGCCAGGCCGCCGCGACGUGGACGAUGAUCGAGCGGCCGUUCGACGCCGCGGACGCGGCGUGCGCGGAGCUCGCGUACGGCACGACCCUGCGGAGCCCCGUGUCGACCAUGCUCAGCACCAUCGUCACGAACAACGUCGACGUCGACGCCCUCUUCGACGCGUUGGAGCGCCGCGGCUCGCCUUUGAACGCGUCGAUCCCGCACGAUUACCUGAUCGAGGAGGGCGCGCUCCUCGGCCACUUCGACAACUACUUCGUGCGGUCCUUAAACGGGCGCGACGUGUCGCAGGCCGUCGGCCUGGGGAUGCUCACGGAGGCGCACCUCGACACGGCGUUGGAGCGGCUGCGCCGGUUCGACGUCGUCCUCGUGUUGGAGGACGGCGCGGCGCUCGACGACGCGCCGCUCCGGAGCUUCCGGGGCUGGCCCGCGGCGGAGGGCGAUGCCGCGCGGCACAACGCCCACUCCGCGGCGAGCAAGGCGCGGGCGCUCGCCGGCGGCCUCGAGGGGGACGCGGGCGUCGCGCUGCGGGAGCGACGGCUCGGGGUCCUCCGAGCGAACGCGAAAUUGGACGAGCGGCUCCUCGUCGCCGCGCGCGACAUGGCCCGUUCAGUACGGCCGCCCUGCGCCAGAGCCACCGGCCGCCGCGCCCUCGACGCCGGCGACGACCCGGACUUGUGGCGCGCGCGCGCGACGAAUGUUACCGCGACCGGUCCGACCGCGGACUGCGAGACCUGGUUCGACGGCUGCAACACCUGCGCCGCGCGCGACGGCCGCGUGACGGGCUGUACGAGGAAGCUUUGCGCGACGCCCGAUCCGCCAAAAUGUCUGAAAAAAGCACCCGCCACGGGCGGCGUCAAACUCCUGAACGUCGGCCACGGCACGUCCGGCACGCGGAGCCUCUACGAGGCCCUCUGCGCUGCGGGCUACGUCGCCCUCCAUUUCAACCAGGUCUGCAACGUCAACGAGACCCUGCCGGCGCCCCGCGCGGCGCGGCUCCUCGACGCGCACGCGCGCGCGACCGCGCUCUUCGCGGAGGCGUCGUGGACGCGGGACCACCUCGACGGCGUGCGGACGCGCCAGUUCGCCAACUGGUUCGCCCUCGAGAAGCAGAAGCUGCGGGCCCAGGGCCAGUACGUGUCGACCUGGCCCGCGGCCAAGGUCGCGGCUCUGAAGGCGCGCUACGAGCCGCGCGAGCACGGCGCGUUUUCGCGCGUGCGGGCGCUCUGCCGCGGCGCGGGCGGACCGCACUGCGGCAUCGAGUCCUGGCUCGCGGAGCUGCGGGCCGCCGUCGCCGCGGUGAUCGACGGCGGCGCGGAGGCCCUCCUCGACGCGCCCUACGACCGCAUGGCGGCCUUCGUCGCGGCGCGGGCGCCGGACGUCGUCGUCGCCCAUACCGUGCGCCCCGCGCAGCCCUGGCUCGCGAGCCGCGUGGCGAAGCACGGCGGCGUCGACGCCCUCUGCCGGAGUGCCUACGUCGACGAGGGCGGCGACCCCUUCGACGCGUCCGCGUGCGCCGAGAACGCGCUCGCGGCCGGCGUCGCGGACCUCGGCGCCGCGCUCGGCGACGACAUCUCGGCGCAGGACGAGGCCGCGGGCGUGCGCGCCUACGAGGCGUCGGUGGCGCGCAGGCGCACCGACGCGCUCCGGGCCGUGGGACGCGACCGCUACCUCGAGAUGUCCUGGUGGGACGCCGGCGGCCACUUCGACCGCGUCGUCAAGGCGCUCCGGCCCGCGCGGACGCUGCGACGGCCCCUCGCCGCGGCGCUCGACGCCGACGGCCGCGUCGCCUGGCAUUUCGCGGCCGCGUCGUUCGCCCACGUCGUGGUCACGCGCUUCGACGACGGCGAGGCGACGCUGCCCGCGUUGCUCGAGGCGCGGCUGCUCGCUUUCGAGGCCGUGACGUACCCCUCGCUGGCGCAGCAGACGACGACGGAGUUCGCGUGGGUCGUGCACGCACGCGCCUGGCCGAAGCCGCUCGCUCGCCGGCUCCGCGCGCUCUUCGCGCGGAGCCACUUCUUCCUCGUCGACGACCUGCCGGACGGCGCCGACGCCUGCGGCGCUUUGGCCCGCGUCGGCGUCCCCUGCGGCCGCGAGGUCGACUUCGCUUUGACGACGACGCUCGAGCCCGGCGAGGGCCUCCACGCGGACUUCCUCCGCGCGGCCCAGGCCGCCGUGGAGAAGGACGCGCCGGCGACGGUCUGCGCCGCGGGCGCCCUCGAGUGGCGGCCGGUGCACUGGGACGCGACCCGCCAGUAUACCAAGGCGACGCUGAAGGCCGCCGACGCCAUCCCGGGCCGCGUCUUCGCCGUCGACGAACCGUGCGCGCGACCGGGCGCGACGGCCGUGCGCUCCCGCCGCGAGGAGACGCUGGGCCCCGCCGUCGCGCUCGCCGGCGUGCGGCCUUUGCGCGAGACGCUCGUCGGCGAGGCCCUCCUCGGCGCCGCGCCGCGCCGCGACGGCGCGGAGGUGAGCGUCGCGGCGCUCCGGCGCGACGGCUGGCUCAAGACGCCCUUCCGCGCGCGGCACCGCGCCGCCUGGGCCUACGUCGUCGACAACGCGAAGACGCGCGACGCCCUCGCGGCGCAGCGGGCGUGCGCGGCGUCCGGGGACUGCGGCGCGAGGAAGGCGGGGCGCGGACGCGGGAGGAGGCGGAAGGGGCCCGGGAAGUGAGGGUGUUAUUAGUAAGUUGAGGAUUAUGCGGCGACUAGGCUAGCCUGAGGGAGGGGAUUAUGGCAUACUAAGUAAUUUAUGCAACU